AUGGCGGCAAUGGUGAAUCUUGCGAACACCAUGGAGGCGAAUGCUGCUGUGACUCUACAAGCUGCGCAGAGGUUAGGCCAACCGGCGGAGAACAGAGACGAAAAUGGUGAUGACUUGCGAGGAACUCCGAUGACCCUAGCUAUGUUUCUGAAAGUUCACCCACCGACUUUCAGAGGAUCGACCAAUCCCAGGGAAGCUGAUAACAGGUUCCAAGCUAUGGAGUGCGCACUGCAAGCACAGCAUGUCCCGAACAACCAAUACGUGGAGUUUGCUGCUUAUCAGCUUCUGGAAGAGGCCCAACAUUGGUGGCAGGUAGAAUGCCGCUUCCUCCAACUUCAGAACGCCAAUGUUCUUUGGGAUGUAUUCCGGACGGUCUUCUACAAGAAGUACUUUCCUGAGUCUGCAAGGGAAGCGAAGGAGAUUGAACUUUUGCAACUGAAGCAAGCUUCUUUAUCUAUGGCGGACUACACCAGCCGAUUUGAGGAACUCUAUAGGUUCUCUAGGGUGUAUCAGGGUGCCCCGGAGACCUAUGAAAGUUGGAAGUGUGUCCAGUAUCAAAGGGGCUUGAAGGAUGACAUCAUGACUAUUGUGGCUCCUAUGGAGAUUCGGAUUUUCUCUGAUCUGGUGAACAAGGCAAGAGGGGUUGAGGAAUACGGAAAGACGGUAGCCUCGUCAAGGGACACUCAUGGAGAAAACACUAGUAGAGAACGCGAUAAUUACCUUGGGCCGAGGGGACAGAACUUCAAGAGAUAUGGUGAAGGGAAGAGGUCAAUAGCUUACUCCCCUGAUAUGAAAUGUCAGGAGUGUGGGAGUUACCAUCCGAAUAGGCCAUGCCAGUUGGGUAAGAAACUAUGUUACAAGUGUGGUUCACCGGGAUAUUUGGUUAGAGAUUGCCCAUACCGAGAAACACGUGGGGUGGAUAGAUCACAACAACAGGGUUGA